CGGACUAGGGUUGCUGGGGAAUAAUAAAUUCCCGGGAUUGUAGGUGCGGAUGCACAGGACUUCUUGUGGCAUGUGUUGGCCAGGACGGGCUCAGAGGUUUUGUCACUUCAGCUGAAGGAGCUAGCUUCUCCGCGGAGCCCGGCCAGUGUGCGGUGGGACGGAAGGUGGCUCACGGGAAGGAGCCUCGGGGCUUCCUUAAGAGGCCAUCUGAGAAAGCCGGCCUGCGCUCUUCCUCCGGGGCGGCCUUAGGGGUGGACUGAUGCUCUAGUCGCUCAUCAUGGCUCAGCGAGCACUGUGGCUCAUAAGCCACGAACCGGGAACUGCACCGUGUGGCACCGUCAGAUUCUCCAGACGGUAUCCAACUGUUGAAAAACGAGCCAGAGUCUUCAAUGGAGCAAGUUAUGUGCCUAUUCCUGAAGAUGGCCCCUUUCUCAAAUCACUACUCUUCGAACUUAGAUUAUUGGAUGAAGAUAAGGACUUCGUGGAGAGCCGUGAUAGUUGUUCUCGUAUCAAUAAAACAUCUGUCUAUGGACUUAAAGUAGGAGGUGAAGAACUCUGGCCAGUUGUUGCUUUUCUGAAGAAUGGCAUGGUAUAUGCUUGUGUUCCACUAGUUGAACAGAAUUUAUCCCCUCAUCCACCAUUAAUUAGCAUUAGUGCAAUUUCACAAGGCUUUGAACUUCUUUUUGGGAUACAAGACUUUCUUUACUCAAGUCAAAAAAAUGAUGCUGAGCUAAGUACAAAAUUGAGCCAGUUGCCUGACUUGCUUCUACAGGCUUGCCCAUUUGGAACUUUGUUAGAUGUCAACUUACAGAAUUCAUUGGAUAGUAUUAAUUUUGCUUCUCUGACUCAUCCACAAAAACAGCCAGCCUGGAAAGCUGGAACAUACAAAGGAAAACCACAAGUUUCUAUUUCUAUCACCGAAAAGGUAAAAUCUAUGCAGUAUGACAAACAGGAUAUAGCAGAUACAUGGCAAGUAGUUGGAACUGUCACUUGCAAGUGUGAUUUAGAAGGAAUCAUGCCCAAUGUUACCAUCAGCUUGAGUCUCCCCACCAAUGGAUCUCCACUUCAGGAUAUUCUAGUUCAUCCUUGUGUGACUUCUCUUGACUCUGCCAUUCUGACUUCUAGUAGCAUUGAUGCAAUGGAUGAUUCUGCAUUUAGCGGACCUUAUAAAUUUCCAUUCACUCCGCCUUUAGAGUCAUUCAACUUAUGCUACUACACUUCCCAGGUUCCUGUCCCACCAAUUUUGGGCUUUUAUCAAAUGAAAGAGGAAGAAGUACAACUAAAAAUAACAAUUAAUUUAAAACUUCAUGAAAGUGUGAAAAAUAAUUUUGAGUUCUGUGAAGCUCAUAUACCGUUUUACAAUAGAGGUCCAAUCACACAUGUGGAAUACAAAGUUAGUUUUGGCCAGCUCGAAGUAUUACGAGAGAAAAGCUUAUUGAUCUGGAUUAUCGGACAGAAGUUUCCAAAAUCAAUGGAAAUUAGUCUUUCUGGAACUGUAACUUUUGGAGCCAGGAGCCAUGAGAAGGAGCCAUUUGACCACAUUUGCAUUGGGGGUACAGCGUAUUUAAAGCUUCAUUUUAGGAUCUUAGAUUACACACUUACUGGGUGUUAUGCGGAUCAACAUUCAGUUCAAGUUUUUGCAUCGGGAAAACCAAAAAUAAGUACACACCGGAAAUUAAUUUCUUCUGACUAUUACAUCUGGAAUUCUAAAGCUCCUGCUCCAAUAACAUAUGGAUCAUUAUUACUGUAAUUGUUUCAUGUUUAAAUAUGAUCUGUACAAUAGUAACAUAGCCUAAAUUAAAUCACAGUCUUUUAUUUUUAAUGUGUAUGCAUAUAACCUAUGAGUGAGAAAUCAUUAAAUGAUUUAAAUUUAAAGAUGUUCUUGUUUGAUGUUUUUAGUCUGAUGUAGUUUGGGGAAGGAAAAAAAAACAUUUUAAAGACUAAUGUCUCCACUUUUGUUACCCUUUGAUUUUACUCAAAUAUGAUUCAAAGCAUAACCAGUAGUGAUUCAUUUCAGUCUUAUUUUAGACUAGUCCUGGGUCUUCCUGCCAGACAUGUUCCUUCCUUUGCCUGUGGCAGACGUAGCUAAUCUAUCACAGCCCUCUUCUCUCCACUGAGCUUCCCAGAUACAGGCUCUGGCUCCUCUUCACUGCAGAGCUGCAGGCAGCCACUCCUGUUGGAUUGUAGAUGACAUGCAAGAUUAAAAAAAACUAUUUGCUCUUCCAAACCUGAGUACUAAGUUACACUGCACUGUUUCAGAAUACCAGAGGCCACGUUAGAAACAACUGUAAAUCUCUUGAAAAAACAGCCAAUGAAAACAAAGAAAAAUUGUUUAAAUAGUAAACUGUUUUUAGUCAGAACUAUUCAUUGACUUAUGAAGAAUCUGCAUAAUUCUACUUAAGGUGUUUAUCUCUGUUCUAGAGUUACUUUUCAGGUAAGCUUAUUAAUCUGCCACAAUAACAAUUUGCUUUAGGGUGUCAAUAAGAAUAGUAAAAGGGGUGGUAUAUCUUUAGAAGAUGAACAUAGUGUUUUGUAAUUACUUAAUGUGUGUGGCCAAAUUUUUAAAGAUAAAUUUAGGUGUAAUACUGCUUUAUUCAUUUUUAUUAUUAUUAAAUUCAUUAAUGAAUAAAUUCAGGUAAGAAUUAA